AUGGAGCCACCCCUGCCAUUCCGCCAUUUGCAGCAAGGCGCAUUUUUGACACCGCCUUCUUGGAGCGCCUGUAAUCACCGCAUUCCACUCGUUCCUUCCGCAACCGCCUACGCAGCACUGAGCCGACAACAACAACACCUCUCCCUAGGCUCUUCCUCACCUCCACGCUCCACGCUCCACGCUCCACGCCCCACGCCAACUAGCCCGCACAUCUACACGCUGCUGCCCGUCAUCGAUUUGAUGUGA